CAACGAAAACGCCUGUGCGCACGCUUCGAUUAUCGAUUGAAACGUUACGUUUCUUGAGUUCGUACGUUGGAUCUCAUUUAUGUGAAUACAGUGACUGUGGAUGUUCGUGGAAUGAGUUCCUCACAGUAGGCCAGUUGGCUGACAUCUCUAGUUCGUUGUCCGUGCGCGAUCGCGAGUUUUGGAAAAAUGCGGUGAAAUUCGAUGUAUAACAACGUGCCUUCGUGAAAUCGGCCAUUUUGAUAGUGCGUGUUUCACGAAAACGGAUAAGAUCGUUUCUGGCAGCUACCUUCAACGGUUGUGCGUGGAAGUGGUGGCAGCUCGGUGUCGACCACAGGACACAACCGUAAAACUGAAAACGAUAGUGGUCUUGGGCUAGUAAGAAAAUAGCCUCAACAAAAUGGCAGGAAAUACGGGUAUGGAACAAUUAAUCCCAAUCGUGAACAAGCUCCAGGAUGCAUUCACUCAACUCGGGGUGCAUAUGCAACUUGAUCUACCACAGAUCGCAGUGGUAGGUGGUCAAAGUGCAGGAAAAAGUUCAGUUCUUGAAAAUUUUGUUGGAAAGGACUUCUUACCUAGAGGAUCUGGUAUUGUAACCAGACGACCACUUAUCUUGCAACUGAUUAAUAGUACAACUGAAAAUGCUGAAUUCUUGCAUUGUAAGGGUAAAAAAUUUGUGGAUUUUGAUGAAGUACGGAAGGAAAUCGAAGCAGAAACAGACAGAGUUACAGGCAGUAACAAGGGUAUUUCUAAUAUACCAAUAAAUUUAAGAGUAUAUUCACCUAAUGUUCUAAAUUUGACAUUGAUUGAUUUGCCUGGCCUCACGAAAGUACCAAUUGGAGAUCAACCAGUAGACAUAGAAUCUCAAAUUAAAGCUAUGAUUUUUCAGUUUAUCAAAAGAGAAAAUUGUCUCAUAUUGGCAGUAACACCAGCAAAUACUGAUUUGGCAAAUAGUGAUGCCCUUAAACUUGCUAAAGAAGUAGAUCCUCAAGGUGUUCGUACAAUUGGCGUUAUUACAAAAUUAGAUCUUAUGGAUGAUGGUACUGAUGCAAGAGAUAUUUUGGAAAAUAAAUUAUUACCCCUAAGACGUGGUUAUAUAGGUGUCGUUAACAGAAGUCAAAAAGACAUAGAAGGUCGAAAAGAUAUAAAAAAUGCUCUAGCAGCAGAGAGGAAAUUUUUCUUGAGCCACCCAUCUUAUCGACACUUGGCAGAUAGGUUAGGGACACCAUAUUUGCAACGCGUUUUAAAUCAACAAUUAACAAAUCAUAUUAGGGAUACUUUACCAGCAUUAAGAGACAGAUUACAAAAACAGUUGCUUGCACUAGAAAAGGAUGUGGAACAGUACAAACAUUUCAGACCUGAUGAUCCUGCCAUAAAAACUAAAGCUAUGUUACAGAUGAUACAACAGCUUCAGUCAGAUUUUGAAAGAACUAUAGAAGGUUCAGGAUCUGCACAAAUCAAUACGAAUGAGCUCAGUGGAGGUGCUAAAAUAAACAGAUUAUUCCAUGAACGUUUUCCAUUUGAAAUAGUUAAAAUGGAAUUUGAUGAAAAAGAACUGAGAAGAGAAAUUGCUUUUGCUAUUAGGAAUAUUCAUGGUAUCAGGGUAGGUUUGUUUACUCCUGAUAUGGCCUUUGAGGCAAUAGUUAAAAAACAAAUAAAUAGACUCAAAGAACCUAGUCUGAAGUGCGUGGAUUUAGUUGUACAAGAACUCAGUAAUGUUGUACGCAUUUGUACUGACAGGAUGUCACGUUAUCCUAGACUGCGAGAAGAAACGGAACGUAUUAUAACCACUUAUGUUAGACAACGAGAACAAUUGUGCAAGGAACAGUUAAUACUUUUGGUUGAUUGUGAACUUGCAUAUAUGAACACAAAUCAUGAAGAUUUUAUUGGUUUUGCCAACGCGGCAGCCAGUAGCCAUAAUGCAAGUGCUCAACAGUCCUCAGAAAAUGCUGUUAAAUCUGGUCGUCAUACAUUAGGAAAUCAAGUAAUACGCAAAGGAUACAUGUGUAUCCACAAUCUCGGUAUAAUGAAAGGUGGUUCAAGAGAUUAUUGGUUUGUCCUAACGUCAGAGAGUAUUUCUUGGUUCAAAGAUGAAGAAGAACGUGAGAAGAAGUAUAUGCUACCUUUAGAUGGAUUGAAAUUGCGUGACUUGGAACAAGGAUUCAUGUCCCGACGUCAUUUGUUUGCUUUAUUUAAUCCAGAAGGCAGAAAUGUUUAUAAGGAUUACAAACAGCUUGAACUGAGCUGUGAAACUCAAGAUGAUGUUGAUUCAUGGAAAGCUUCUUUCCUCAGGGCUGGUGUAUAUCCCGAAAAAUCAACAGAGCAAGCAAAUGGUGAAGGAGAGGAAGGAUAUGAGGGUGGAUCGGAAGCUCAAUCAUCAAUGGAUCCUCAACUUGAACGUCAAGUGGAGACCAUUAGAAAUCUUGUGGAUUCGUACAUGAAAAUUGUCACAAAAACAACUCGUGAUUUGGUUCCAAAGACAAUUAUGCAUUUGAUUAUAAACAAUGCAAAGGAUUUCAUUAAUGGAGAGUUACUGGCACAUCUAUAUGCAAGUGGUGAUCAGGCUUCAAUGAUGGAAGAAUCACCCGAAGAAGCACAAAAACGAGAGGAAAUGCUACGCAUGUAUCAUGCAUGUAAGGAGGCACUUCGUAUUAUUGGAGAUGUUUCGAUGGCGACAGUAUCUACUCCAGUACCACCACCUGUGAAAAAUGAUUGGCUAGCAUCUGGGGAAAAUCCAAGGUUAUCACCACCAUCUCCUGGUGGGCCAAGACGCGGAGUGACACAGCCACCACCUCUUUCUAGUUCUCGAGCCCCACCUCCGGUUCCGUCUGGUGGUCGACCAGCACCGGCUAUUCCUAACCGACCUGGACCUGGUGGACCUCCGCCAGCCCGUGCCACACCUGGCCUACCUCCUCCUCUUAUACCAUCGCGCCGACAAUAAGUCAUCGCACUAACUCGCCUAUUCACUACUAAUUAAUAUACAUAUAUACAUAUAUCAAUUGCAUCUAGUCAGUGUAUAUUUUACACGAGAUACAAUUUCCUAAUGCUAUAUGUUUUGUCUGCAAGUAUUAUGAAUUAUUAUUGUUAAUUAGGGGUGUGUAAGUUGUAUAAAAAUUAAUAAACUUGUGAAUAUUUGUAUUAGUUAGAGAUUAAAAAGAACUUCCAAGAACUUUGACGGGCGAUUUAUCUUAUACGUAUUACGCAUUAUAUCAGUAAUAUAUCAAAUUAUUUCAUGGUCCAAUUACUUCGUAAGAACGAGCGAGGAACUAUUAUCCGUAUUGUUUCGUCGUUUUCAUAUUAUUUAACAAAUAUUAUAGAAAUAUGCUGCUCGCUUUUUGUAAUCAUCCUAAACAAAUUUAUACAAUGCCGAUGUAAUGUUACAAAAUUGCACACCUCUAAUUAACAAUCUAAGUGUCUACGAUAUAUUUAAUCGGUACUAAUGACAAAAAGUAUGUAUAAAUAGAUCACGAUUCAUUCGCGACGAACAAAGAAAAAUGAGGUAGAAUGACAUUUGUUUCAUUGUAAAUUAGUUGAAUGAAAUUGUAAAUUAUAUCUGUAUAUACAACUAAGAACGUUGUAAAAUAAAUGAUCUUGAGUUCUUAUCACAGGUGGUGGAUAAGUAUUCAUUCGCUUUACUAACAGCAUGACAUUUUAAUUGUCGCGUAAAUGAAAUACAUUUUCAAUCGAUUCGCAGAGCGAUAUUUCAAUCGAUGUAAAAACCUGUAUGAGAGAAUGUGAUACAUGAAUAUAUACGGAAUAAGUUUUGCCAUAACGUGUUGCAUUUGCAUUUGGCAGCUUCUGAAACUCUCUUAAUAUUACUGCUUUCUUGCCAUCGUUGAUUCAAUUGGUAAAAUCACAGAAAAAGCGAGAAAAAUUGAUUUUAAUAUUGUCAACUAUUUUGUCAUUAUGGGGGAUGAAUGUGUCGGUGCCUGCAUUGAAAACAUUCUUUCUAUUGAACGAAUAUCAAGCAGUUGAUCGUCAACGCUCUAUUACUCGUUAUCGAAUUCCCGCGUCUGUCGCUUAGUAGAACCACGCGAGAGAUUACACAUACUUCUUAGGACAUUCGAGGAUGCACGAUAUCAGUCUAAAAUGUAGUGCAUCAUGCAGAUAUUAAUUUAAAUUACCAUAUAUUAGUCGAAUUCUCUCUUUAUAUAGUAGCAUACUAUUGAUAAGGCAUUGAAAACAAAUAAGAUUUGUAGUAAAAGCUUAGUGUCCGUGGUGUAUGUUUAGUCGUGGGGGUGGUCUUCAGCAGAGGGUGACGCAAGCUGCGACGCAGGCCGCUGCUAAUGCCGCCGUGAACGAGCUGAUGGAAGCAUUCAAGAUCAAGUAAAUACUCUUGCUGCCUCAUAACUCUUUUUUUAUAUGCGAGAUAUCUUGCUCUUUUAACCACGAUAAUGAAUUAUUAUGGGCAAUCUUAUUUAAGUUGCGCUAGAUUGGUAGACUGUUCAGGGUUGAGAAUGAACACUAAUUUGAUGUCUCACUGUUUUCCGAUAGUGUGUUUCGAUAACCAAUUUUUGCGAAUUAUAACCAGCUAUGUUUUUUUUUUAUCUCCCUCGCUCUCUCUUUCUCUCUCUCUCUCUCUCUCUCUCUCUCUCUUGCAUGAUCCGAAAAAUUGGAUUAAUAGCGAUGAUGUUGCCUUCAACGUUAUAUAUCGUUAUUCGACAUACAUACGUGUGCGAGAUAUAGACAUUAUAUAUACAUAUUGAAAGAAAAGAGAGUGAACAUCCCUGUGCACACGCUAUAGAAAAAAAUAUACGUGUGUAAGGGAAUACCUCUGUAUAUUUGUAAGACAUGUAAUUCGCUUCGUUACAUUCCAUAUGUAUGUUGUUCUUACUUCGUAAAGUAGUUUAUUGUUAAAAGGAAAUAAAUAUUCUUUCAUGAACUGUAGAAUGAUGACGUGUAUUGUGUAAUCCCAGAAAGCAUAAAAAGCUGUAAGACCUGAUAUAACAUAUAAUUUAUUGCUGUUUCGCUUUGGAUGCUGAUAUCAAGUAUUGAAUACUUGUACAUACAUAUCUUCUUGCUUAGAGAUAUUUAAAGAAAGGAGUUCAAUUUUUUAGACCGAUAUAUUUAUAUCUCCAGUGACUCUAUAUCCUGGAAAGUCUACCAGAACCCUACGAUGUGAUCAAAGGUAGUUUCGAUUAGGCGAAAGUCCGAUUCCGAUUGCGAUGUCAAAAUUCAUUCCCUGAAUUUUCAUAAAAUAAAAUAAAAAAUGUCAUGCUGUUGGGCAAAAGUUGUCGACAAUUAUUAUUGAAUGUUCGUUUUAUCGCAUCUGUUCGAUCGAUUUCUAAUCGGCGACAACUGCGUUACAAAUAAGUUUUAGUAUCUGUAAUUAUUAAUUGCGUGACUCAAACACAGUCACAUAUAUACACACACAGAUACACAUUACACACUGUUUCUCUACCUCUUUAGAUGUCACCACACUUUAUUCCAUUCUUAGCCAUUAAUAUUAAAACUGUCAUAUAGAGUUAUACAUAUAUACAUACAUAGCUAUCCCUAAUGAAGUAUUAAUGAAAAAAAAAUGUGCUCAGACAUAGGAUGUGAUAUAGCGUAGAGUGCUUCAAGGAUUUUGCAUGAAAAUCCUGAGUCGCGAACUCUCUCCCUCCCUCUGAAUAGUCUUAAUAAAAGAAGAUUAAUACUAACGAUACCGAAUGAGAAUAAUAAAUAUAUAUUAUAUAUAUACAAUACAAUACUAAUCGUAUGUCGUUAUAAUGUAUAAUGAAUGUAUAUCACUCAGCAUGCGUUCAGGAGCUGCGUUAUAUUUGGAAAAGGUAUUUGUUGUUUCUUAUGCUCCUCGACCGUGUUUAGCAAAUUAAAUCAAUUAUACAUGUACAUAUAUAAGGAAAGGAAAUAUGAUGUAUUCUACUACAUUCUUGUAAUUAAAUCCACGGGACGCGAUGUGCUUUCAGAUUUAUGUAGUACACAUGUUUGAUGAUCAAGAAUGCUCCUCUCUGUACUAUAUUCGGAAUAUUUAUGUAUAAACUUUUGAAUAAGAUUAUACAAAAAGGAAACUUAUUGGUAAACAGAUGAAACAUUUGAUGAUACUUAACUCUUAAAUAGCUGCAGAAUCGUUUACUACAGAAAUGUUUAAAUUAAAAAUUAUAUUAGCUUUUUACAAAAAUGGCAUAUGUAUUUCAUAUAUUAUUUUCACGAAUUUAUCUUUUACUUUUUUACUUGUUAUAAAUAAUAGAAGUUUCGUUAUCAAUAUUAUCGUAAUUAAUUGUUAAGAAGUUUCGACGCAUUUACCGACAACGCUAUCACAUUUUGCGUUAUAAUUACUCGACUUAGAGUAAACUUUGUCCCACUUCAACGUGACUUUUACAUAUUGCAUACAUGUAUGUAUAAACAUUUUUUUAUGAGCAAAUUAUUCGUCAUUGCAAGAACGAUACCAUGCAAAGAGAAGGAUUAAGUCUGUUACCAGUGACGCGUGAAGUAUCGAGGACAAUGAUCAAAGUGCCACUAUGAAAAAAGAAAAACAAAGGAAGGGAAGAAGAAAAGAGAAUAUGUAUUACUUUCCAUUAGAGCAAAAUAUCGAAGGUUUAUCUUGGGCAAAUAGUAACUAUGAAA